AUGUACAAGUUCCGCAGGCAUGCAUUCACUACCAGCCAAAGCACUCAUACAAUUCAAUUCACAAGUGUCCAACCAUCCAUUUUACCCCCACCAACCUUUUCAUGCCAAGUUCACACAAGCCAUCCCAUCAACUCCCCCAACCACCACGGCAAGAUCAGUGGCCCCAGCAAAGUACGUCCACCUCAAGACAUGUCUCACCACAUAACACGGGCUCAACUCAAAGUCUCAUACCCAAUGGGUUCCAAGUCCAAGUGUCUCCAACCAUUUCCACCUCCCACACAUCAAAAUAUCAUACCCAAAGUGUCGUCCAAGUCUCCCCCCAAGCCCAUGAGCCCUCAAAUGUCCAUGAUUGCACCCCCCAAUUGUCAGCCCAUCACCAAGUCACUCCCUCCUCCAAGUGACCCCACUCAACAAGCCAUUCCCCCCCACUCUCUCUCGACACCAACUCAUCAGCAAGGCAAGUCCACACUCAAGCAAGUCCAGUUCAUUUCAACCAACAAUCAACCCACAUAA